AAGCAAUCCAAGGUAGAUGAAAUUUUAUUAGACAAUAAAUUACAAAGAGAUAAAUUAAACAAAUAUAAAAGCAGUUUAGACAGGCUAAUAGCUUUAAAUUUAGAUUUAGCUAAAAAUGCUUUAAAGAUGAAUGACGUCACCCAAGCCAAAAAAUUUAUACAAAUAAAAAAUCAGAAUAUACAUAAGCAAGAAGAGAUAGAGAAGCAGUUAGCUAGCUUAACGGGUUUGAUAUCAUCUAUAGAGACUCAAGUUGCACAACAACGCUUGGUUGAACAGCUAGAAAAGGGCAAUAAGUUAUUAACUGGUUUGCACAAGGAGAUGAGUAUAUCUCAGGUGCAUAAUAUAGUAGAUAAUCUAUCUGAUCAAAUAGAGUAUCAAAAUGAAAUUUCUAAUUUAAUCAUCACACACGAUCCCGACCUUGAUCAAGAACUUGAUGGACUGAAGGAGGAGAUCAGACUACCGAACGAGCCAAAGACUGAAUUAAAGGAAGAUGUACCAUCCGGACAAUCAAGAGAAGAUGCUCAGCCAAUUGCACUUUAGUAGAUUGCCUUUAGAUAUCAGUUUCAGAGUCUGGCUUAUGUUUAAACCCCUACCUAUUGAGACGCAGCAGAUUGAUAAAUAUAUCUACGAUUUUAGUAGAGAAUAUUCAAAAUAUAAUAACUUCAUUAGUCUAGAUAAUAUAUAUAUACUCAGCUUUAGCUUAUUGCUUUUAAAUACAGAUAAAUUCAAUAAAUCUAAUAAACAUAAAAUGUCGAAAGUUGAUUUUAUUAAAAAUACAAACUAUAUUGAAAUUGACGACCUCAUCUUGGAGUAUUUCUACGACAAUACCUGUUACACACCAUUUAUAAAAGCACUCGAUCUGGAUAAGCUACCUAACAGUCACCCGUAUAGUUACAUUCUCAACAACAAUCUUGAUAGAUUUAAAUUGGAUCCAAUCAACGUCGAAAACAAUUACACAUUAUCAACUAUUUACUCACACCACAAGUUAAACAGUUUAUUUGUCAACGCACCUAUUAUUAGAUUAUCUACAAAUGAGUUUCUUAGAUUGACUCAUUAUAGUAAAAUGAAUAUCAAAUUACCUAAAAAUACCCUUUGGAAAACCUACAUCGUCAUUCUGACGGGCUCUCAACUUCUGCUUUACAAAAAUUUGAACAUUCUGAACAAUUUAAAGACCGAAAUACUUAAAUUUAACAACCUAGUUAAACAUCAUCUCACUAGCAACUCAACGCAUGCUUCUCUCAAUUUGCGGAACUUGGAUACUCCUUCACAACACUCGUUCAAACCAGAUGAUAUUAUACACUUGGAUGACACCAUCGCUUUAAUUGACAACAAUUAUAAGAAACAUCCUCAUACCUUUACCUUAUUUUCUCGUAAUAAAAAAUACCUGAUACAAUCUCACUCUGAUGAAAAUCUACACCUAUGGAUCAACUUAAUCAACUACUCUGCGGCAUUCAAGUAUUCUAAUAUUAGGAUACGUGGUCAUUCUCUUUCGGAUAGUCAUUUAUAUUAUGCGGGUAUAAAAGCUAAGCAACGGAAUACUCAUUUAGCACCACCUAUCACCCAAACGGGUUCUAUGAAUAGUAGUUCAACUGAUGCUAGCUCAUCACCGUCUCUAAAUAGAGUUUCGGAUUUCAAUAAUGCCAUUGAUUCUAUCAAUAGUCAUUUAAACUCUUCUGUAAACAUACAAUCACGAUCAUAUAUCCUUAAGUCAAAGAUAAACCAUUUAAAGAGUGCGCUGGACGCUUUAUCAACUGAUUUAAACAACACAAUAAACUCUAUUAGAUUAGUUAGCACUUUAACACCAUUUAGAAGAUCAACCAAGAGUAAACUCGUGAAUGAUUAUCUACCAAGUUUAUUAAAAAAAUUAGAUACCCUUAGAAUCGACGAGUUCAAGUACAUUUCUAUAAAGUCAGCCUUAGAGUUGGACUUGGUUGUUGAAGAAAAGUUAGAAGCUCGUAUGAUGAAGGUUGGUUUGAGAGCAGCUGCAUCUCAUUCGGAAGCUAUGAGAAUACGUUCAAAGUCUCAAUCUAUGUAUGUACAAGAUGAGCAGCCGUUAUCAAGCGCCGAACGGAAAUUAACAAAGAAAACGCGAUCAGCUAUGAGUCUCAAUAGUUCAAAUUACAUCAACAACAGUUUACCAACAACGGCAGAUUUGUCUACGAAUAACAAUACAACAAAUUCAAUUGAUUUACAACCAACUCAAGACAUAGGAGUAUGUACAUCUGAUAUUGAAGAACGUAGAAGAUCUAGAUGUGCUUCUGAAACUGAAGAAUAUUCAAAUAGGUCGCCAAAUUAUGGUCAUAUAUCUUUAGUCAAAAUGCCUGAUGCUAUACAUAGACACGCAAGGAAUUGGAGUUUGGGAGGUAGAACAAGCAAGGAAAUUGUAUCGCCUAGUAAUACGAUAUCAUUGAAUGAUUAGAAUUUUACUUUAGAAAAUAUUACAUAUAAUUGCGAUAAAAAGGAAGUUUGCAUGUUUUAUCUAGAUGUUAUAAGCACGCACACCAUUUAGUUUGUUCACCCUAAUAAAUAAUACCUCCCCCUUGUGAA